AUGUUGAGACAGACCAUUCGACUAGCCAGACCGGCCAGACUUUUCUCCACUUCUGUCAUUGCCAGAAAUGCAUCGCAGGCCCCAAAGGAGUUCAAGACAGCCAAAAGCCUUAGUGAAGUCGUUGACAAGUACGACUUAGUCGGUCCCGGUGCUCAGCCUGGUACCGUCCCUACUGACUUGGAACAAGCUACCGGUCUUGAAAGACUUGAAUUGCUUGGUAAGUUGGAGGGUGUUGAGGUUUUCGAGAACGAGCCUCUUGACUCUUCCAGAAAAGGCACCAUGGCCGACCCAAUCGUUGUGAACUCGUACGACGACUACAGAUAUGUUGGAUGCACCGGUUCCCCGGCUGGUUCCCACGAAAUCAUGUGGCUGAAGCCUACCGUGGAGAAGGUUGCCAGAUGUUGGGAGUGCGGUUCCGUGUACAAAUUGAAGUAUUUGGGAACUGGAGAAGGCCAUCACCAUUAG